CGCGCCCGCGGCCGCCUACGUCGCGCCGGCCGCGUCCGCGCCGUCCAAGGUCGUCAUGCAGGAGACCAAGGCGGACCUCGAGGCCAUGGCCAAGGAGCUGAACCCCAUCGUCGGCUUCUACGACCCGCUGGGCCUGAGCUCCGCGAGCUUCUGGGGCAAAUCCGAGGCGGAGACCAUCGGCUUCCUCCGGCAUUCCGAGAUCAAGCACGGCCGCGUCGCCAUGGCCGCGUUCUCCGGCUACUGCAUCCAGGCGAACGGCAUCCACUUCCCCUGGACGCCCUUCCGCGGCUUCGAGGAGUCGGUGAGCUCGAUGACGCCCCCGGAGCAGUGGGACGCGAUCCCCGUCAACGCCAAGCUCCAGAUCAUCGCCUGGGUCGGCUUCCUCGAGUUCUACAGCGAGAUCGCGGGCACGCACUACAUGAAGGGCGGCGUCCCGGGCAAGUUCCCGUCGUUCAAGGAGACGGCCAUCGCGAACAUCCUCCCCGUGGACCUCUACGACCCCACGAACGUCGCGUCGUCCAUGUCCGCCGAGGAGAGCAAGAAGGGCCUCCAGGCGGAGAUCAACAACGGCCGCCUCGCGAUGCUCGGCAUCUUCGGCUUCCUCACCGAGGCCAAGAUCCCGGGCGCCGUCCCCGCGCUCUCGAACAUCGUCAAGCCCUACGCCGGCGACGUCAUGGCGCCCUUCGCCGCGAACGCCCACUUCUUCUAGGCGACCGGGGGGCCGGCCGGAGGCAGGGCGCGGGCGCGCGCCCCCAGCCCGCGUAACCUUGGG